AUGAAGCUACUGUCUUCUAUUGAACAAGCUUGCGACAUUUGCCGACUUAAGAAGCUCAAGUGCUCCAAAGAAAAACCGAAGUGUGCGAAGUGUCUGAAGAACAACUGGGAGUGUCGCUACUCUCCCAAGACCAAAAGGUCCCCGCUGACUAGGGCACAUCUGACAGAGGUAGAAUUGAGGCUGGAAAGAUUGGAACAGCUAUUUCUAUUGAUUUUUCCUCGAGAAAACCUUGACAAAAUUUUGAAAAUGGACUCUUUGCAGGAUAUAAAAGUUAUGUUGACACGAUUAUUGGUACAGGAUAAUGUCAAUAAAGAUACUGUCACUUCUAGUUUGGUGCCUGUGGAGAAUGAUAUGCCUCUAGCAUUAGGACAGAAUGGCAUAAGUGCAAAAUCAUCGGCGGAAGAAGAUGGCGACGAAGAUCAAAGACAGUUGACUGUAUCGAUCGACUCAGCAGCUCAUCAUGACGAUUCCACUAUUCCGUUAAAUUUUAUGCCUAGGGAUGCUCUUCAUGGAUUUGACUGGUCUGAAGAGGAUGACAUAUUGGAUGACUUGUCCUUACUAAAAAUGGACCCCAACAAUAAUGGGUUCUUUGGUGACGGUUCCCUUUUAUGUGCUCUCCGAUCCAUUGACUAUAGUCCGGAAAAUUAUACAAACUCGAACAUCAAUAGACUGCCGACUGCAAUUACGGAUAGAUAUUCCUUGACUUCUAGAUCUACGACAUUCCGUUUGCUUCAGAGUUAUCUCAACAAUUUUCACCCAUACUGCCCUAUCGUACACUCACAGACACUAAUGAUGUUGUAUAAUAACCAGAUUGAAAUCGCAUCGAAGGACCAGUGGCAAAUCCUUUUCAACUGUAUAUUAGCUAUUGGGGCUUGGUGUAUGGACGGAGAAUCUACUGAUAUAGAUAUAUUUUACUAUCAAAAUGCUAAAUCUCAUUUAACAAGUAAGGUCUUCGAGUCAGGUUCCAUAACUUUGGUGAUAGCCCUACAUCUUCUGUCACGAUAUACACAGUGGAGGCAAAAAACAAACACUAGUUAUAACUUCCACAGCUUUUCUAUAAGAAUGGCCAUAUCUUUGGGCUUGAAUAGAGACCUCCCCUCAUCCUUCAGUGAUAGCAGCAUUCUGGAACAAAGACGCCGAAUUUGGUGGUCUGUUUAUAUUUGGGAGAUCGAACUGGCUCUACUUUAUGGUCGGUCCAUUCAGCUCACUCAGAAUACAAUCCCAUUCCCUUCUUCUGUCGAUGAUGUGCAGCGUACUACGACAUGUCCCACUAUUUAUCAUGGCACCAUUGAAACAGCAAGGCUUUUGCAAGUUUUCACAAGAAUUUGUGAACUCGAUAAAACAAAUACUGCAGAAAAAAGUCCCCUGUCUGCCAAAAAAUGUUUAAUGAUCUGUAAUGAAAUUGAAGAAGUUUUCAGACAGGUACCCAAAUUUCUACAAAUGGACAUUUCGACCACUGCUUUAACCAAUUUGUUGAAAGAGCAUCCUUGGUUAUCUUUCACAAGAUUUCAACUCAAGUGGAGACAGCUAUCUCUUAUCAUUUAUGUGUUAAGAGAAUUUUUCAAAAAUUUUACUCAGCAGAAGUCGCAACUACAGGAUCAAAACGAUCGUCAGAGCUACGAAGUUAAACGAUGUUCCAUCAUUUUAAAUGACGCUGCACAAAGAACUGUUAUGUCUGUAAGUAGCUAUAUGGACAAUCAUACUAUUACCCCUUAUUUUGCUUGGAAUUGUUCUUACUACUUGUUCAAUGCAGUUCUAGUACACAUAGAAACUUUAUCGUCAAACCCAAAAUCAGGUGCUGAUAAUGGCGACACUGCGCAAUCAUUACAGCAAAUCAGUGCUGUUCUGAUGUUAUUGAAAAAACUGGCUACUUUUAAAGUUCAGACUUGUGAAAAAUACAUUCAAGUACUGGAAGAUGUGUGUGCGCCGUAUCUGUCCUCAUCUUGUGCAAUUUCGUCGCCGCAUAUCAGUUACAACCAUAAUAAUGGCAGCGUCAUAAGAAAUAUUGUUGGUCCUCCACCUGUCUCCCAAUACCCCACCCUUCAAGAGGACAAUGCCAACAAUAGCAGUGUUAAAUAUGUUUCUCCUGGCUCGGUAGGGCCUUCACCUAUGCCGUUGAAAUCGGGAGCAAGUUUCAGUGACCUGGUAAAACUAUUAUCUAAUCGUCCAUCUUCUCGUAACUCGCCAGCGGCAAUAACAAGAAGUACACCUCCUCAUCGCUCACUCACACCUUUUUCAGGGCAACAACAACAAUUACAAUCAUAUGUACCACUGACUCCUUCUGCUUUGUUUGGUGGCGUUAACUCUUAUCAAAGUGGGACUAAUAUCGCUGAUAGCUCAUUGUCCUUCUCGUUCACUACCAAUAGCAGUGGUACGAAUCUCAUAACAACUCCAGCAAAUUCGCAAGCACUUCCACAACCAACCGCCACCUCUAACCUUCAUGGCAACAUUAUCAACAAUAAUGAAAUCACGGCCGGUAGAAUUGAUGAUGAUAAUUCAAAGCCCUUGUCACCCAGUUGGACGGACCAAACUGCAUAUAAUGCGUUUGGAACCACUACAGGGAUGUUUAAUACCACUACAAUGGACGAUGUAUAUAACUAUUUAUUCGACGAUGAAGACACCCCACCUAACCCAAAAAAAGAGCAAAACGAAUCAUAG